ACACUGGACCAAUGGGUGAAGCGCGUGGCCGUUAAUGACGUGUCGCGUGAAGGAUGCUGCAUUUCUGCGCCGAGAAGGACAGAAACAGAACACACACGCGCACACACACAUCAGCAUCAGAGAGACCGGGAGCGUCCCGACACUCAGAGCUCUGGACUGAAGGACACAGUGCAGAAGGACAGGAAGUAAAAGUCCGGCUUGUGUCUCAGCACAGACUCGCAGUGGAUGCUGGUGAUUAGUGAUGACAUCCCACUGACACUCAAUAUCACCACACCUCCUCCACAGCCUUGUGUUGACAUGGCAACAGGAAGGAAAAGCUCCACGUCUAAAGGUGGAGGCGUCCACUUCCCGGACCAGAUGGAAGACGAUGUCCUGGGUGAGAGCAGUGAGGACACGCAGCAGGACAAGAUCAUCACCGCUGCAGCCGAGUCUGAUGGAGCUUACCUGGUCAAGGCAGGAUUCCUGAAAAUCCAACAUAAAUAUGAGAUCGUCUUCAUCAUCCCACAUGUCCCCACUCUGGGGAAAGACACCUCGCUGUCUCCGGCGCUACGCACCACGCCCAAACCUCGCCUGCGUGCCACCCGCAUCGUCCCUCGUCCCGAAGGUGGAGUGAAGGUGGUGUGUGAGUACAGCACUCAGCAGGAAGGCGUGGUACAGGAGGAGCUCACACUCGUCAACAGAAGCAGGAGAGACAGCAGUGUUAGAGUCCGAGUUCAGGCCAGAGUGAUGGACCGCCACCACGGGACGCCUAUGCUGCUGGAGGGGGUGCGCUGCCUGGGAGCCGAGAAAAUCACGUCGAAAUCCAACGACAAGAAGAAGAUCUGAGCAGCAGCUUGGACUGAGAGGAACAGAUGAAGUGGGAGAACAUGAUUCAGAACACACUCGACUCUUCAUCAUGUCCAGCACUGAUCCUGAACACCACCAAGCUAAAUACUGUCACAUGUCAUUCUGAUUACUUCUAAAAAGACGUCCAGAAAACUCAGAAGAACAUGUGGUCAGCGUGACGAUCUCAGUGCUGUCCGGUCUGAUCAGUGACUCAUGAAUCAGUGAAUCAUUUCUCUCCACACCAGAUUUUGCUCCUCUCUCCUUCAGCAGGUCAGCAUUUGAAUCAGUUUUGGUCAGUUUUCCCCUCUGCUCGUUUCAGCCAGUGGGGAUUUGAUGUGUGAGGUCAGUGUGUCACGACUCAGGUCAUUUGGUCAGAUUUCAUCAAUUCUCUGCAUGCAGCAGUACAGUGUGUUGAGCUGCGAGUAACAACUGAAUUCUUUUAAACGCUCACACAUCAACGUCUAACUCAAAUAUCACAAAAUAACAGUUUUUCUCAUUGUGUGUUUUGGGUUUCACUUAAAAGCGAGUUAAAUAAAGCCGUUUAAAUGAUUGCAUGCAGACACACAAACUUGAACUUUAAUGAUUUAAUGCACUUGCACAAAGAAUGUCGAAUUUUCUCCUGUUAUUAGAGUUAUUCAGCAAUACUUUCUGUUAUUUGUCAUGUCUUUCUAUUUAUUUUUAAACAUAAACUGCCAGUGAAGGCACAGAUGAGUUUUAAUUCCUGCUGAAUAAACAGAAACGUUCCUUUACAAAGUAAAUAUUAUGAGUAUAUUACUUAGUGUAUAUAAUAAAUAAAGCUUUUAAAUCUAA